AUGGGGGUGCCUUUUCAUCCUUCAUCUUUCUUGGGUUGUUUGCUCUUUAUUAUAUGCAUUCUUUACUUGUAUCCUGGAGUAGUAGCAGCAAAAACUGGUGGCAAUAGCAUUACUAGGCACUAUACGUUUAAUAUACAAAUGCGAAAUAUUACGCGAUUGUGCAAGACAAAGAGUGUAAUAACUGUGAACGGGAAAUUCCCGGGGCCUCGGAUUAUUGCUAGGGAAGGGGACCGUGUGGUCAUAAAAGUGGUCAAUCAUGUUCCAAACAAUAUCACAAUACAUUGGCAUGGAGUUCGUCAACUUCAAAGUGGAUGGGCUGAUGGGCCGGCAUACAUCACACAAUGCCCGAUUCAAACGGGUCGAUCAUACGUUUACAACUUUACCAUUACGGGACAAAUUGGAACAUUAUGGUACCAUGCCCAUGUUUCAUGGAUUAGGGCUACCUUAUAUGGCCCGAUCAUCAUUCUCCCUAAACUUAAUGAAUCAUACCCGUUUGUCAAACCCUACAAGGAAGUCCCGAUCAUAUUUGGAGAAUGGUGGAAUGUUGAUCCAGAAGCUGUGGUCAGUCAGGCAAUUCAGACAGGGGCUGGUCCAAAUAGUUCAGACGCUUAUACUAUUAACGGAUUCCCCAGUCCAACAAUAAAUUGCUCAUCAAAAGAAAUGUAUAGGUUUAAAGUGAAGCCCAACAAGACAUAUCUUCUUCGAUUGGUCAAUGCUGCACUCAACGAUGAGCUUUUCUUCAAAAUUGCAAAUCAUACAUUUACAGUCGUUGACACAGAUGCAAGUUACGUGAAACCAUUUAAAACAGAUACAAUAUUCAUCGCACCUGGGCAAACUACUGAUGUUCUUUUAAAAACCAAAAGCCCUAAUUCCAACGUUAAAUUCUUGAUGGCUGCUAGACCGUAUUCCACGGCAGCCUCUGGGACGUUUGACAACACCACCGUCAUCGGAGUUCUUGAAUAUGGAGGUAGCCAAAUUACCCCCGGCAACUCUUCCAUUCAAUCUCUUCCUCUUCCACAAUUCCCGCCAAUCAACGCCACCGCGUAUGUUGCCAAUUGGACAAAUAGCCUCCGUAGUUUGGGUAGCUCCAGGUUUCCGGUGACUGUUCCGCAGACGAUUCAACGGCGGUUUUUCUUUGCACUCGGCCUGGGAACCAACCCGUGCCCGGCAAACCAAACAUGUCAAGGACCCAACGGCACAAAAUUUGCAGCCAGCAUAAACAACAUAUCUUUCGUGAUGCCGACGACCGCAUUUCUUCAGGCCCAUUUCUUCCGACAAUCAAAAGGGGUUUACACAACAGAUUUCCCGGCCACUCCUCUCAGUCAAUUCAAUUAUACGGGCACCCCACCGAAUAACACCAUGGUGGUUAACGGCACCAAAGUGGUGGUUCUGCCAUUCAACACCACUGUGGAGCUAGUGAUGCAAGGAACCAGCACUCUCGGAGGAGAAAAUCAUCCUCUACAUCUUCACGGAUUCAACUUCUUCGUCGUCGGCCAAGGCUCCGGGAACUUCAACUCGACUACAGACCCAUCCACUUUCAACCUCGUUGAUCCCGUUGAAAGAAACACCGUCGGCGUGCCCUCCGGUGGAUGGGUAGCAGUCCGGUUUCGAGCCGAUAACCCAGGAGUGUGGUUCAUGCAUUGUCAUAUCGAGAUUCACUUGACGUGGGGAUUGAGGAUGGCAUGGGUGGUUAACGACGGGAAGCUUCCAAAUCAGAAGCUGCCACCUCCGCCGGCCGAUCUUCCAAAAUGUUGA